AUGUCGACGACCGAUCCGGCAAAGCGCCCCCUUGGUUCCAGCGACGAAGGGUCAUCGGAGGAAAAUCCAAACAAGCGCGCUCGGUUGGAGGAUCCAGCAGCAGCAGUAGCAGCAGCAGCAGCAACAGCGGCAGUGCCGGUCUUCGUUGCUCCCUGCACGACCACCUCGUUGCAAGCCGCAUCGACCGCCGCUGCUCCACUCACUCUAACAACCUCACCAGCAACAGCAAUGAUGACAACGACUGAGUUGGCAGCUUCAGCACCGCCCAAUAGUCAUACCACAAGCUCUACCGAGACUGCUCCGGCAGUGCUUCCACGGGCGGUCUUGGGCACGCACCUACUGUCUCCAUAG